AUGUCACCUCCUGAGGGAGUAACUCAAGAGGUGUGGAGUGACUGCAUCGCUUAUUGGAGCACAGACAAACAAAAGGCGAGAGCAGCGAAAAAUAAAGAAAGUCGGGGUAAGAUGAAAUUUUUAGGAGGCUGGGGCUCCAAGCCCAUUGUUUCACAUGUUGUCGAAGGGGCUAACCCCGACACAGGAGAACUGCCAACUGCGGUGGAAACUUUUCAAAAGUUUCACCAUAAAGGCAACGAUUGGCGCAACGAGUUCGCGCAACAAGCUUACGAGCAAAUGGUUGAAAUAGCGGCAACUCAACCAGCGCCCACUGCAGAUGAGCCCGAAGAGCCUGCUGUCGAUCCUACACAGUACCCCCGAGACUUACCUGUUAUGACGCAAGUACUCGGGGAACGAUCUCGGCAUCUUAGAGGCUUUGGCCAUCUCCCCAGACUGAAGGAAGUUGGGGCCAAAAGAGCACCUGCCACGCAUCCUUCAGCCCAACCGACUGUUACAAUGGAACAGUACGAGGCUUUACAGAAAAAAGUGGAGGAAGCGGAGCAGACAACUCAACAUACGAGGCAGCAGUAUGAGACACAACAACUCUACCUCAGACAAUUCCAAGAUCAGUUUGAGUAUCUUUCUCGAGCUGUGCCGGGUUUCAACUUGCCUCCCAUGGAUCUUCCACCAUUGCCCACUCCUGGUGCUGGAUCAUCGGCUGCUGCUGGUGCUGGAUCGUCAUCGCAGCCUCCCGAGACUCAGAGAAACAACGAUGACGACAUUACCCGCCUAUAGAACUGUACUUUUUUUAUUAUCCAGUUCGAACAUUUAACAUUUUGUUUAUAUACUGAUUUUAGUAGUAAUUAAUGUUGGUUUAUCUUGUAA